CGCAGCGCAGCGCAGCGCGCCCCGCCGGGCCGGGCCGGGCCGCCGCCAUGUCCCCCGCCAUCGCGGCCAAGGAGGGCGGGCGGCAGCGGCGGGCCGGCAGCCACCACCACUGCGUGGACGUGAGGAGCGAGGCGCCGCCCGCGCCGCGGCUCUGCGGUGACGGGCGGCCGCGCGGGCAGCCCGAGGCCGAGGCGGCGCCGUUGCUGCUGCUGCCGCCGUCGGAGGCCGCCGGGCCGCGCGGCUGCCGCGCCGAGCUGGGCAGCAUCCUGCUGCUGCUGGUGCUGUACGUGCUGCAGGGCAUCCCGCUGGGGCUGGCGGGCAGCGUGCCGCUCAUCCUGCAGAGCAAGAGCGCCAGCUACACCGACCAGGCCUUCUUCAGCUUCGUCUUCUGGCCCUUCAGCCUCAAGCUGCUCUGGGCGCCCUUGGUGGACGCCGUCUACGUGCGGCGCUUCGGGCGCCGCAAGUCCUGGCUGGUGCCCACGCAGUACGUCCUGGGGCUCUUCAUGCUCUACCUGUCCACGCGGGUGGACCUGCUGCUGGGCGACGGGGACGGCCGCGGCCCCGACGUGGUGGCCCUCACCGUGGCUUUCUUCCUCUUCGAGUUCCUGGCGGCCACGCAGGACAUCGCCGUGGACGGCUGGGCGCUGACCAUGCUGUCGCGGGAGAACGUGGGCUACGCCUCCACCUGCAACUCCGUGGGGCAGACGGCCGGCUACUUCCUGGGCAACGUGCUCUUCCUCGCCCUCGAGUCGGCCGCCUUCUGCAACAAGUACUUGCGCUCCCAGCCCCAGCCCCGGGGCAUCGUCACCCUCGCAGAUUUCCUUUUUUUCUGGGGAGCUGUCUUUUUAAUUACCACUACACUGGUUGCCCUUUUGAAAAAGGAAAACAAAGAAUUAACACCAACGAAAGAAGAGACCAAAGGUAUCACUGAUACGUACAGGCUGCUCUUCUCAAUAAUCAAGAUGCCAGCGGUUCUCACUUUCUGUCUCUUGAUUCUCACAGCAAAAGUUGGAUUUUCAGCAGCAGAUGCUGUAACAGGACUCAAAUUGGUGGAAGAGGGAGUACCUAAAGAGCACUUAGCUCUGCUAGCAGUUCCAAUGGUUCCUUUACAGAUAAUAUUGCCUCUGAUUAUCAGCAAAUACACAGCAGGCCCCCAGCCACUGAACACAUUUUACAAAGCUAUGCCUUUUAGGUUACUGUUUGGACUGGAAUUUGCUUUUUUGGUGUGGUGGACUCCUAAAGUAAAACACGAAGGAGGAUUUCCCAUAUACUACUAUAUUGUAGUAUUGUUGAGUUAUGCUUUGCAUCAGAUUACACUGUAUAGCAUGUACGUUGCAAUAAUGGCCUUCAAUGCCAAAGUUAGUGAUCCACUGAUUGGAGGAACCUACAUGACGCUUCUGAAUACUGUGUCGAAUCUGGGAGGGAACUGGCCUUCCACUGUUGCACUCUGGCUUGUGGAUCCACUCACGGUGAAGGAAUGUGUAGGGGCUCAGGAGCAGACCUGUGGAACUACAGUUGCUGCAGAACUCUGCACAAAAGCUGGUGGUUCCUGUGUUACUACCUUGGACGGUUACUAUGUGGAAUCUGUCAUCUGUGUCAUUCUGGGAUUUGGCUGGUGGUUCCUACUUGGGCCAAAAUUUAAAAAGCUGCAGGAUGAAGGACAGUCUUCAUGGAAGUGCAAGAGGACCAACUGAUGCAAUUUAAAUACUGGAUGGACUAGCAAGGUUGUUUUAGUUUUAUUACAAAGACAUAUCCCAUAAUCAAUAAACAGGAAUAUAGGUAUUUUUAAAUGCCAAAUCGCUGAAAAAUGGGUGGCCAAGACAGUGGUAUGUGUACCACUUGCCUUCCCAAUAUGAAAACGUAUGUUCAGAAGGUAAUUAUGAAAAGAAUGGCACCUAUGUACUACAUAAUGCCUGGGCUGUAGCUUCAGAGCCGUGGUUGCUGAUACAACCAACAUCCGAAUUUCCGUUUAGUAACUAUGGAGGAGUUAAUUGUGCCAUGUGUAUCUGAACAGCAGCAUUGUCAGCUAAGUUCCAGCUCUUAAUUUUCAAAGAGAAGUGAUCUGGCACAGUGAGUUGACCUGGGGAAGGAUGUCAGAGGCAUUUUGACUUACUGGUUAAGUGUGUUAUAAUACAAGAUUCAUCGUGGGAAGAUAAAGUAUCUGUGGCUUUUUUCUUCUCGCUUUAUGGACUGUAAACACACUUCAAAGGAUGAAAUAAUGUUUCAAGAUUCUUUUAAAUGUAUUUUCUGGCUUUUAUAAGCUUUAAAGAUUUAUAAGAAAAUAUUUUUAUAAACAAAAUUACACUUAAUUUAUUUCCUCUGUUUCAAAGCAUUUUGAUUUACAUUCAGGAUAAACUUUGAAGAAAAAAAUGACGUAGGGUAGGACUUAAUUUAAGAGUAACGCACAAUACUCUGAGCCUUGAGUCCUGAAGAGGCAAACUGGGCAGUGUAGCAGCUAGCGCACAAAACACCAGCUUCAAAAAGAGUGGGCAUGCCGUUGUCCAGGAGGCACUUGUUGUUUUGAGGGCAUGAGGUGAUAUUGUUCGUUCCCAUAUGUCGCUAAUAUUUGAGCACUCAAAGACGAAUGGAAAAAAAAAAAGCGUAUAUUCGCAGCCUGGGAUAAGAAAAGAUGAUCAGUGCCUUCGGAAGUAAUUUGGUGAUGACAAGCUUGCCAAACUCCCAGUGAGCUGGUGUACAACUCACCGGUACAUGAAGCAAACAGGCUACGUCCUAUGGUAGAGCUGCUACAGAAGUUAAUUCCUGAUGCUGUAUGGUGGAAACUUCCCUGUUGCAUCUAUCAGAAAUGACCGACCUCCCUCCCGAGUGCCUUAGUGAUGUAAGGCAGACUGUACGCCUAGAGAAGGGGCACUGAUAUAUUCUGUUGGAUGGUAUGGUACAUCGUUAUUAAAAAAAGAAGAAUCUUAAAAAUACCUUGGAAAGGUAGAAAUAACGUUCACUUCUUUUCUCUCUUUCUUUGACAAUAUUGAAAGUAUUGCAUCCUGAGCUUUAUGUUCCAAACUGUAAGGGGAGUUUUGUGGGUCUUUCGUUAGUGCAUGUUUUAGAGAAAAGUGAACUGGUAAUAACUCGUGACUGGCUGGAGGAGACAUAGGGGUGUAUAGGAAGUGCCGACAUGACUUAAGGAGUAAGGUGUCCAGAAGAGAAGAGUGUGAUACAGUGCUUGUUUGAGUACCAAAGGCUGUUCCUCUUCUUCUUCCCCUCUUAGUCACACCCCUCAGAGCAAAACUGAGCUGCAAACUUUCCCCAGCUGUGAUCCGUGGUAGCAGGGUAGCAACAAUGUGCUUUUGUUUUUGUUUUGUGUUUUUGUUUUAAACAAUUUUAAAAACUAGCUAGAAGCACAGUUUUCACACUAAGCACUUUUGCUCCCCAAACUACAAGUCAUCUUUCAAUUAAGUUAUUUCUGUCCCCUGGAUAAGCACAGAAAGAAUAUAUCAAACUUGUAGUCAAACAUAGAUACAUAUUUUCAGUCAUAGCCAGAUCAUCACCACUGGAUUAAGUAUGUAUAAUAUACCUAAAUUCUGACUUUGCAACCACCUGCCACUUAUUUUAAUAGAAUCUUGUCCACACUUGGAAAUUUUUUGACUUUGCUGACUUCAAGGAAAAACUUAUAGACUGCAGAAUAUGGGAAAUCAAAUUCAUAGAUAUUUUACAGUUGGCUUCUACACUGUAGUUUUGUUUUACUGUUUCUGAAUGUGCCAACGUGACUCAUUAUUAAUAAAAGAUGCAUUGGAGUUGCUUGAUAGAUGAAUCUGGCAAUAUCAAAAUUAAAUCCAAAAUCAUAAAUUGUGUAACUGUUUCCUCUUUCAAACUGGAGAAACUUAGUUUUUAAUCUAUCAGUAUUGCUGUUUUAUAACACAAGUCAGAAAUGCUACAACUAUACCAGCAGCUUGCUAAAAUGAACCAGUAGACUGUCUUUUUUUUUCCACUUACCUUUUUUUUUUUUUUAAGUGAAAUUAUUUCUCCUUUUGAAGGGUUAGGAUUAUUGUAGACUUGAAUAGUUUAACAUCAGAAAACUUGAUCUCUAGUUUGAGAGUCUCCUGUUAAAGUAGGAACUGGAGGAAAUGAAUCGUACUAAGUACUGCUAUAGAUAGUUUAAUUACUCUGGGGACUUUGUGGCCUUGCACAAACCUGGACUUCUCCCCGAUACAUUCAGAGAGGGGGGACUUCAGGAGUGCAUAAUGCUUAAAUGGUUGUGUAGCCGAGUUCCUUCUCUGACCUCGGUUCAGCGUCAGGAGGGAGUGUGGUGCUCCAGCUCUGCUGAUACAGUAACUAACCACCACUAAACAUGUGGUCCUGCUGCCCUCUGCUCCCUGGCCACAUCCUCCAUCAGUUUACCUUCCUGCCCUGGCCCGUUGAGCCUGCUGUGUGUUGCUGCUGGAAAAAGGGUAAUGGUGGAAAUUGCUUUUCUUAAGUAAAGGGUUUUUCCUGAUCUAAACUCCGGAGCAGGAUCACUGUGGAGUGCGUGAAAGCCCAGGGGAGAGGGUGGGAAUGUGGCGUCGGGGCAGAGGCAGGAGCACUGUCAGUGGCCGUCAGACUUGGCACUUGCACACACAAAAGUCGUCAUCGCCUGCCCUCUCGAGCAUGAUCUGCUGGUGUUUCCCAAGACUUGCUUAAGAGGCAACUGCUGUUUCUCCAACACUCAAUCCUGUAAUUGCAGUGCCCAGAAAGGGCACGUGUAAGGCAGGGGUCGCGAGUUGCAUCAAGUGGAAGUGCCCAGCUGCUGCUGCUGCUGCUCCUGCCGGCUGCGUCGCGUCGCGGGAGGAAGCGGCUGAGGACUGCCCGGGCCCGAGGAACGCUCCUCCUGCAUCUUAUGGUGCUGUCAAUCUGAUAUCCACCGCAACAUCCUAAAGUUCUUGUUUUAAAUACUAACUCUAUGUUUUGUCUUUGUUACGGGCAUUGCAAUAUCUAUUAGUGCUAAUUGUCAGCUGUUCUUGGUUUUCCAUAAGGUUGUUAUGUUUCAUUGUCCUCUAGAAUCUUUUCAAUGUAAUUUCACGAUUAUAAACACUAUAUUAAACGGUCUAAUACGA